AUGAAAGAAAAAUGGAAUUUUAUUUUAUACUUAGUCUGGUUUUCAUACCUUCUUCUGUCGGCGGUUCUUAUGUUCGGUCAAGGGUUCCUAUUAUCUCGUAAAACUUUAAGUGAUGUAUCAGAAUGCGUGUAUUUAAAUAACUUUGGAUGUGAUGGCCUCGAGAAUAGCACUUUGAGUUCUAAGUGUAGUGAAGACGAAAAAAUACAGAAAAUAUUAUCUUUACCAAGUUCUCCUCUUAUAUGCUCUCCGAAACGUAAUAGAGUGGCUUUUAUAUUGGUGGAUGCUCUCCGUUACGAUUUCACAGAAUAUGAUGAGAAUAAAGAAAAACCUUUGUUUUAUCACAACCAACUGCCUAUUAUACAGAAAAUAGUGAAAAAAUGGCCAAAACGCUCCCGAAUUUUCCGAUUUAUGGCAGAUCCACCAACUACUACACUACAGAGAUUAAAAGCCCUUAUAACUGGAUCAUUGCCUACUUUUAUUGAUAUGAGCUCAAACUUUGCAGCUAUUGAAAUACAAGAAGAUAAUAUUAUUGAUCAGGUUGUUUCAUCUGGUAGUAAAGCAAUUCUCCUCGGAGACGACACAUGGGCUCGACUCUUGCCGGGAAGAUGGGCUCGUUCACAUUCUAUGUAUUCCUUCCAUACUUGGGAUUUAGAUACUGUGGAUAGUGAAGUUGAUUCAAAAAUAUAUGAUGAAAUCAAGAAGGGUGACUGGGAUUUACUUAUUGCUCAUUAUCUUGGCGUUGACCACGCCGGGCAUAGAUAUGGACCAAAUCACCCAGAAAUGGCUAGAAAAUUAACAGAGACCAAUAAAAGACUAGAAAAGUUGAUAGAAAUGUUGCCAUCGGAUGUUAUUCUAUAUGUAGCUGGCGACCAUGGAAUGACAGAAACAGUCGUGCAUGAAGGGAUUGAGGGAGACCAUGGUGGUGAAAGUAAAGCCGAGCGAACUGCAGCUUUGUUUGCAUACUACAGUUCAGGUUUUUCUGGUGAUGACUCCGAUAGGAUGUCGGGUAGAGAAAUACAGCAGACAGAUUUAGCGCCAACCAUUAGUGCGGCUUUAGGUAGACCCCCGCCAGCUCCGUCGCUAGGAAAUCUAUUAUUACCCUUACUACCGAACAUACCAGUAACUCAUGCUUUGUUACACUUAACCAAUAAUCUAAAACAGGUUACACAAUAUUUAAUAAGAUACGGAGAAGAAUCGCAGCAAGUACCAUUAGAAAGAUUGGCCAAUCUCAUUAAUGCUACAAGAAAUCAAAUAGAAAAGGCUGCUGAUGUCAAAAAUGAUAUGGAAUUGAGGGCAUAUGUUGAUGAUGUUAGAGAACUGAUGGGUAAUCUUAGAGGAGUAUUCCGUGAAGUAUGGGUAGAAUUUGAUUCUCUAUCAAUGCUGAGAGCACUUCUAUUGCUACUUCUUGCUAUAUUUUUCAAUUGGUUGAUCAUAGAGGGCAUUCCGUUCGAACGCAUUUCUAAUGUUUUUUCCAGUUCCUUUGUCCCUAGUGUAUUGGUCGCUUUUGGUGUUUGUGUUGGGAUUUGUUAUAGUACUUACUAUUUUCAAGUUAUUGACGAUUUGGGACAUGCGAUUGUCUUGACCACUGGUUUGGUUUCGGGAGCUCUAACAUGUAUGCUCGUGAUAAUGCAUUGGGAUGGUAUAACCCAGCGGUGGUAUGAAGGCAGAUCUCUGUUUUACGAAAGAUUCGGUCGAUCAGCUUUAUUCGCGUCUGCCAUUGUUUUAGUAUCGAACAGUUACAUAAUAGAGGAAGGUGCUACUUUAUCAUUUCUCACGCUGACGAUAUUAGGUUUGAUGGCCUGGAAUAUUGGAACAAUGAAGGCUUUGUUGCUAUGGGCUGGCUUUGGGGCUGUGAUGGCAUUGACGCGGACUUAUAGAGGAUGUAGGGAGGAACAGGGAGAGUGCUGGACUUCCGGGGAAGGGAUGUCAGCCGGAAGUGCUACAAGAGCUGCCUUAGUCCUCGCACUAGGUUCCGUGUCCGGUGUGGUAGCUACAGCUAGACGUCAUUUAGGCUGGAGAGGUUAUGGGAUUGUGAUAGCUGGUAUUUUCACGUGCGCUCAUUGGGCGGUGGGUUGGGGUUCUUUGGGUUCCCCUAGUAGGUCCAAAAUGUUAGCGAGGGGUGCCUGGCUGGUUAUAGUGACAAUGUUCGUAAUAUUGUGGAAAAGGGAUGGAAGGGGUACCUUAUUGCCUUUAGUCGUGACCGGUCUAUUGUUUUAUCUAGCGAAUGCUUUAGUAUUGGGGGCUGCGUAUGCACCAACAGCUGGUUUGGCGCUUCUGUCUGGAUUUCUAGCAUUAAACAUCGUUUCCAUGUUGAAAAGUGAAGGAAUGGCGAAGUUUUCAUUAGCGACGCGGUGUAGUUCAAGUAUGGCUUGUUUGUGGGCGUUGUUAGCUUCCUAUCAUUUCUAUGGCACGGGUCAUCACGCGACUCUCGGUCAUGUCCGGUGGACGGCUGUCUUCCAUGCAGGGGACCCCAACUAUUUGUCCAUCGGUCAUAUCGUUUCCGUCGUACUAAUGUUCAUAUAUCUAUUUGGUAUGCCUCUAAUGUUUGGUGCGACUGUCCCGUUGCUGGGUCUGUGGGGCCGCGCGGGAUCUGUGGGGCCCCGAACACAACUCGCAGCCGUGUUUACACUAUGUCUGAAGUUUCAACUAUGUUUCGCUAUUAGAAUAUUCGCCUGCGCGUUAUCAGCUACGAUUCACUGUCGCCACCUCAUGGUUUGGGGUGUUUUCACACCUAAACUGCUUUUCGAAUUCGGUUCGUGUAUAGCUGCCCUCAUCGGCUCCCUCAUAGGAGCGACAUUGACAGCUUGGCAUAUACCAUGUCAAACAAGAAACAGUUGA